UAUUCCAGUAUCAAAAACUACCUUAACCAAAUUUGAUUUCCAAGCCUUUUAUCUUGCAGAUCCUAAAGAGUCUAAAGCCCAAAAGAAGGAAGUUCAGAGUAAUCAAGACAUAACUCCCAACACUAAACAUGAGCAAACAAUGUGUAUACAAACUUACUUAUACCCGCAGAUGGUCGACGGGUCACAGGAUGCAAUUUCAUCUCAUGAAUAUGAAGAACACGAGGCGUUACAGGAUGCUUGUUCAAAUAUUCACUUCUCGCCAAUUCUAUCUCGUGGAUAUUACUUCCCAUUUAAUAAAGGGAAUCUGGUAGAACAACCUGAUGGCUACACAAAGCAUCCAAAAUCAGGGAUUUUCUACCACGAUAUUAUUGUUGGUAGAGGUCAUCCUGUACGCUCUAGUAAUCUGAAGGUGACAAUCCACUACGAUUUCUAUGAUCAAUUACAUAAGCUCAUUCAGAGCAACGCUGUAGAUCGUUCUCCUGAAGAAGUCCAUCUGUGCUGGCAUCGAUUUGGAGAAGGAUUCGAGGAAGGAAUCCGAGGUAUGCGACCUGGGGGGAUGAGAAGAAUUAUUGUCACUCUAGAACAUCGUUCAUCAAUAGUUGGAAGAACAUAUGAAGUUUAUGAUGUGGUGUUGCUUAAAGUUGAGAAAUCGUGCAGCUGUCCACUCUCAAGCUCUUGAUUUUAGAUUUUCACAUGUAUGUGCUCCUUUAGUGUAUUAAGCCAAGAAUAAUAUUGACUACUAUGAGAAAAGUUGUACCUUCCACUGAGUUUGUGGCUUAGAAUAAUAUUCCACAUAAUGCUCCUUAAUUUCUAACAGAUGAAUGUUCUUUGCCGUCUCCACUUUUACUUUCAAAGAGAAUAUUUCUCUCAAAGUUUUUCUUUAUUGUUUCUCUUGAGUGGUUGAGCUUUUCAAUCUGUUGAAGGCUUUCCUUGUCUUUCGAGGUAGGGGAAGACUCACCUAAUUGUGGUUUAUCCCUCCUGCAAUUGGGUUGAGAGUAAAUAGUCUUUUGGGUGUUGUUUCUUAUAGAUCUAUGAGUCUUCAUGGUGAGAGUGAUAAGGAGUAGAUCUGUGUAGAGGUUGUCAUGACCGAAUCAGAAAAUCGGUGGCCUUUCAUGUUUGGGGAUGAAAUCUGAUGGGGAUUAAAAAAGCUAUUGGUGAUAGGUCCCUGCGUCGUUCAAUGUCUCCUUUUGACACCGAAUCUGUUGUCCUUGACAAGUGGCUCAGCAAGAGAAGCUCAGAUCAUUGAAGGGCUCAUUGUUUUCUCAGGCAACAGAGGAGAGAAUGAUUUGGCUACUAGAGUACUCUCUUUAUUUGUGGAUAUCUCUGUGUUGAUAUUCUUUAUUUUUUAGUUUGGUUAGGUUUUAAUUUUACUAUGUAUUAUUAUGUGUGGAUAUGAGAUUUGCUUAUGGGUGAACUUUCAAUCUUCUGAUAGUGUCAUGCAGUAAAGCUGUGGUGAAGGGU